GUAUCUGUCCAGUUCCCUCUCAGAGACAACCAGGGGUCUAUUGGUAAUCCCCCUUAUGUGUACUGGGAGGCUGUCGAACAAUCUUGGGGCCCUGACACUUUUUGUGUGCUUGCAGUCUGCAGCUGUUAAAUAUGCAAGUUCCUGGCAUCAACACAGAAGAGCCUCAGGUGGCAGUCAGGAUUUAAGGAAUCAGACUGUGCUACCCAUCCACAUAGCUCAGGAAUGUACCGAGGCUCAAAGAUGGCCUCGUGACUCCGUGUAUGUGGCAAAUUAUUCCGAGAAACCCACCUUGAGGCACGUCGGCAAACAGCCGGGCCUACCGACAGGCCCGAGUAGCAAACUAGCAAGAGCUCAGCUGUGUAAAUCUCCCACUUCUAACCAUGAGUGCAAUAAAUAUUUUGUCAGAGCAGCAGUAGGCACAAGUGUCUUAAUACCCGAAGCAUCAGAGCACAAACAAACGUGGGGAAAUCUGCCGGUUAAUUUAAAGACGUCUCUUCCUGCACCACAACUUGAAGAUGGGACUCUGGAGAACAGUGACGUGGCAGUCAGAAUGCCUGCCACUAAGAGCCGGACAAGCCACACCAACAGUUACUUACCAAUCAGUGUGGAACUGAUAGGAGGUAGUGGUCAAGCUAGUAUGCCUGGGGAUGGGAACAAGAGCUCUGGCAGCACCAAAGUAAGAUGUCUGCCACCAUCACAUACAUUAGCAAUGUCUGCCUCUUUUAUCAAGUCAUAUUUCAGCUCCGGUCCUGAAAAACAAUCAAAAAAUGCUGGUUCGACUAGAGAGAGCGAAACAUCCAUCAAAACAAAAACGUUGGGUUUGUGGAAUAACGUCAAAUAUGGUUGGGCGGUUAAUCUCCAAACAAAUUUCUCCCAGGAUUCUCCCGUGUACCUGCUGGGAUGUGUCUAUCAUAAAUGUUUAGGUGAAGAUGAAGAUAAUUCAGAGGAAGGGGUUGAGAGGCAUGGUAUGGAGGCCUUCAAGGAGCACCUGCACAGUCUAGUGUGGUGCACAUACCAGUGACAGUUUGCAACGUUGCAAGACUCCUCCCUGACCCCUGACUGUGGCUGGGGUUGUUUGUUAAGGACAAGACAGAUGAUGCUGGCUCAUUCUCUCAUCCAACACUUUCUCACCAGAGACUGGAGAUAUAACAAGAAUUCAAUGCAUGGAGCAGAUAACCUGAUUCAUCGUUGUAUCGUGCGCUGGCUGGGUGACUCUCUUUCCCCACACUGUAUGGACCUGCAUCUGAAGCUUACAUAUUUAACAUGCAUCGUGGCCAGCAGAAGUGAGGGAGAGAAUCUACCUCAAAACAGUCACAGCAUCACCUUCCGACCAGGACAAGAUGCAUCAGCAUGGAGGAAACUCUACAAGCCUUGUUCAUCCCAGAGACUCUUCAUGCCCACAAGUUGUACGUUUAUGGAUGCGAAUACAAUCUUGGCUCCGACUAAUGCACGUACACGAGCGUAUGCAAGGCAGCAGAGAAGCGAGGCAUCUUCGUUCUUCACGGUAACCGUGGCACUUUCCACAGCAUCAAGCAGCCAGCCAGCCAGCCAGCCAGCCAGCCAGCUUCAGGGGUGUUUAUCAAGCUUGGGAAGAGAGCGGAAAUUGUAAGGAGCAGCACCUGCUACGAGGCAGUUGAAAAACCAAGUGCACACAGGCAGCGGCUCCGACUGGGAAUCUGCUGCCAGUCAUUGACAUCGUAGCGAAAGGACAUUAAUAUAAAGUUGGCAAAGAUUGGAGACAAGACUUGUACUACCCAAUGCAGCGUCAUCUUCUGAAGGCGUACAACAUUAUUAAUCAAAAGAUUGACAGUGCUUUCCUGAAAGUCCUGAGCUGUCUAAGCUAAAAUCAAACGUGUAAUGGCCAACAACCAACUCAUUGACGCUCACUUCAACAAUUCUAGUGCUACACACAAGUGGUCCCGGCAGCUCCUUCCACCCUCCGCUCAAAUAACAACAAAAACAACUAAUGCUGCUACUCCACUUCAUACACCACCUCGCAGGAUAACUCGAGAUCCAGGCGGUUAACAUCACAUUAGUUGUAGUAAAAAUCUCUCGCUACAACCAUAAAGGAACCUCUUGCCACCACGGCCACGCAACACCACUAUUAUUACCUUCUCAUUAGUCUGCCUCAAGACAUUAUUUUAGUCGCUAAUCUGCUAUUAGAAAAUAUUACCACGUAAGUGUGUGUGUAUAUUUGCAUUUCAACUUGUGUACUCGUAUAUAUCAAUGUUUCUACCCAUGUAUGUAUACUGUGUAUAUACUCGCCUAUUGGUGUCUGUGUACACGCCUAUUUGUGACAGCCAACAAGUAAAAUUUACAAAAAUUGUGACAAAGCGUCGAUAUGUAAGUAACUCUUUACUCUAUAAUGUAUUCAAUAGUCAUUAAUUUUCAAAAGUUCAAGACCCAGUCCCUAGACCUAUUAUCUAAUUACGUCUGUAGUAAUCUUUUUGACUAUAACCCACAAACUCUUCAAAAUUUGUCAUCUAAUGAUUUCAUACAUUUGUUCAACUUUCUAUACAAAUGCUCCUAUAUACCAUAAUAUAUAACUAUUUGUAUAUGCACCAAUAAACUUACGCAUA